AUGGCUUUCUUCUCCAAGAUCAAGAAGGCAAAGGAAGCCGCUGCGGAACAUAAGAAAGAAGCAGCUACCCAAGAGCCACAAAAACCCAAAGUCCCGUACAAACACAUCCCCGUCCACGCUGCUGCAGACGCCUUGUCAGCGACUCCCACAACCAUCCGCGCUGAAGAUCUAAGAGAGAGGAUUGCAGCGGCUCGAAGGAGCAGGUCCAUGUCAUCUGCCAGUGCAAACCCAAGAUCAGGCGUCGCAUUGUAUCAGACAGUAAACACACCAACAUCUCGAUCGCGUCCCAGCUCUAUCGCCUCAUCGCCCACCCACAGCCGCAAUGGCAGCCUCGGCAAGAGGACAAACAGUGACCUCUCCAUCUCUACAAUGAUGCAAUCAAACCAGGAGGCGCCUUCACGCGGACGCCAGCCUGCGCGUCGCGACUAUUUUAGCCAUUCAUCAAGUGUACCUACUGUGCCCCAGCUUCCUGCACAGCAUCGACCGGCGCCUCAGACUACUAUCAGCAGCCGGUCUUCUGUCACUAAGAGAAGGAGCCCACUUUCUGCAAUGUCUAUCACCGAAGACGACGAAGCUGGCGAGCCAUCUUCCAGUAGCUCUCAAGCAUCCGAUGGAUCCGUAGCAUCUUCGCAAAGUUCCACCACUGAGGUCUCAAGGCCAAACAGCAGCCAAGAUCAGAACAAGGAUAUUAACAAGGAACAGAAUUACAGCAGACCGUUGUCCACAAUUGCUUCGGCCCCAGUAACACCGGAUGUAACUCCGCAAUCGCAAUACAAGCACCAGUCUGUCAUUGAUGUUUCUUCGGCGCAGCCAGAGCCUGCGAAGAAGAAGUCGAGAUUCUCCCUCUUCUCUCGCAAGAGCAUGCUUGUCGCGGCGCAUUGA